AUGAACGGCGGUCGCCGCGAAGUUGUUGUUAGUUUCGUGGCCUGUCCCCGAGCCCCUGCGCGGGCGCGUAAUGCUGUAAUGCCUCGCUGCUCCGCUUUACGCAGUCCACAUCGCGUUUUCGGGGCCAGCUGGGCCCGCAGCCAUAGGGCGUUUCGGCUGCACCCCAGCCUUCCAGGAACGCGAGCGCUUAUCGCCCGCAACUUCCAAGGUUUACCGUUUCGCGGCUCGUUCUCGCUCUCCGCGGGAGUCUCGCGGCUCGAGGAUGAGAUCGGCCAAGCUGUGGCGCUGCGCUGCGGGGCUGCGCGCGUGGGCCCAAGAUCGGGCCUGGCGGCAGUCUCUGUCACUGCAAUGCAGAGAAGCGCCGACCGGCAGCCGGCGUUCCCGCCAGCAUCUCGGUUGUGGCAGCGCUUCCGCCGGUCACUCGCCGGGGUGGCUUCAGAGCGCUGCUUCGAGAUGCUCGAGCAUGCGCUCGCGCCGUCGAAUGGACGUCGAGACCGCCGUCUGCCAGUCAGUCGUGCUCUUGUCGGCGAAAUGUCUCGGCCAGCGCACCGCAAAGUUCACCCACGCUUAGUAUUGCAGCCUCGCCUCUGCGCUUUGCCGCUUCCAGCGCUGGGCCGUGCGCCGGAGAUUUGGGACGGAGCGCUGCAUGCUGGACGCGGAGAAUCUAGCCGCGUGUUCAACCAAAUCAGAUUCUCCGCGGCCGGGUCGCUAGCGUCGUGA